GGGAACAUUUUUGUUUUCCUUUUGGUUCAGCUGCACGAAGACUUUUCCUGGCCUGAAAAUCCAUAGAAAAAAUCCCUGGAAAAUGCUGAAAAGUGCUCUGUUGGCCAGUAAAAUCCUCAGAGUACCAGGAGUGAGGUUAAUUUCGCAGAAUCCUGCCCUGCGGAAGGAGAAAUGGGACCUCCUAGCUGGAGUUCUCGUGGAGCGGCUUCCAAUUCUUGGGAAGUCCCUCAAUCCCAUUGAGACAAAGUAUCAGAAAAUGCUGAUGGAUGUGGAGUUUGAGCAGAGUCUCCUGAGUGACCAUGAAAGGCGGCAUGAGAAAGACAUCUUGCUUGCGGAAAGUAUCAAAAAGGGUCUGGAAGUUGAUCUGGAUGAUGUUGCUAGUAAGCAAACAGCUGAGGACUUUGAGGAUGCCUGUGAUGAGGAGUUGGAAGCUUUUAAACUCGCUUCAAGACAAACAGAAGCAGACCGGAAGAAAGAUUUCACAUCUGUACAGAGAAAACUGGAGGAUACGUUGUUCCUCCUGGUGGAACAGACGGUGGGGAAUAAGAAAAUCUUCCUGCUGCCUCAGGGAGUGCGCCAGGAGGGAGAGACAAUGCGCCAGACGGCUGAUAGGGUUCUCCGGGAGAUUUGUGGAGAGAAGUUAAAUGUUCAGGUCUAUGGGAAUGCUCCAGUUGGAUUCUACAAGUAUAAAUACCCACAAAGUCAGCGAAAGGAAGCCGUUGGGGCGAAAGUUUUCUUCUUCCGGGCAGCACAUCUUGCUGGGAAUCCCGGGAAAGUUGAGAAAUCCGAAAAAGGAACUGGGAAGUUUCUCUGGCACACAAAAGAGGAGAUUGAAGGUAAGCUUCCGCCUGAAUACAUGAGAAGCGUCCAGCAAUUCCUUCUGUAGCCCAAAGCAUAAGAAAUAGAUUUUUUUUAGAAGAGAAAAA